AUUUGCCAAUCGGGUGAACUGGGCCAACCCUGUACUCAAUAAAGCAGAUACACAUUCGCCUGAACGUGGACCGUGGAAGCUUGCUGGUCGACUAUGAUUUCAGCAGAGUUUCAAUUCGAUCAAUCGUUUGAUAUCACGGAAGAUGUCAAAAGGUUAUAUGAUGAACGAGGAUACAUCCUCAUCAGGGGCUUGUUAGAUGCAGAAGAGGUAUCCCAAGUGAAGAAGACAUUGGAAGAAUCGGAUGCAAUUACUAAGAAUGCACAAGGGAUUUCAGAUGGAGGAGAGAGGGAAAGUAAACUGGCCAUAUGGCGGUAUCCCGGAAGUGACGUCACGGGGAUGGUGGUUCGCAGCGAAAAGGUGGCUGGAUUUAGUGAAAAGUUGCUUGGCGGUGAAGGCUACAUGUAUAGUUGCAAACUGAUGAUGAAGGAACCCCUCACUGGAGGAAAACACCUCUGGCAUCAAGACUAUGGUUACUGGUAUAAGAACUGCUGUCUGUUCCCCGACAUGCUGAGUGUGUUCAUCCCCGUUGAUCGGUGUGUGCAGGAAAACGGUUGUCUCGAGAUCCUGGAGGGGUCCCACCGAUGUGGACGUGUCGACCAUCUGAUGGUGGGGGGCCAGACAGGGGCUGAUAUGAAGCGAGUGAUGGAGAUCAAGAAGAGGUGUCCACACAGAUAUGUUGAGAUGGAGCCAGGUGACGCCCUCUUCUUCCACUGUAACCUUCUACACAGCAGCGGCAUCAACAACAGCACCAUGCGACGCUGGGUCCUCAUCUGUGCCUUCAACAAGGCCACCAACAACCCGGUGUAUGAACAUGAGUACCCGCAGUACACUAAACUGAACAAGGUACCUAACACCGCCAUCAGGGACUGCAACAACUACACCGACGUCUCGGGAAAGUCCUUUGUUGAUCUCCGGAACGAUAAAACUGUCCGAGUUGUAAGGACUUAGUCUGGCUUGGGUGACCUGUGGCUAUUCGUGUCUGACAAUACGUUAUAAAGUUGAGUUCUUGACACGUUAUAUUUCCAUUGAAUAGGUGGAGGACUGCACUCCCACAGUAAAGGUCUGUUUAACGUAUUCUGAUUCGGGUAACAUGGCUACAAAGGGUACAAUAAAGUGACAACAAAAUUCAUUUUCAUGAGAAAUAUUGCUACAAGCAGUGUUCAUUGUACGACCUGACUAUAUCAUAAGCAUGUGUUUAUAACUCACAACCAAAUAGUGAUGACGUACCAUGCCCAACCGGUGACACCGUCACAAACACACGUCAUGUCAAGACAAUUGUUUACCUGAGAACACAUUUAUAUUAUUUCAAAGAUCCUGUGACGAGCAAUAGUGAGUGAGUGAGUGAGUGAGUAUUGUUUUUACGCCGCUUUUAGCAAUAUUCCAGCAAUAUCACGGCGGGGGACACCAGAAAUGGGCUCUACACAUUGUACCUAUGUUGGGAUUCGAACCCGGGUCUUCGGCGUGACGAGCGAACGCUUUAACCACUAGGCUACCCGACCGCCCCGACGAGCAAUAGCUGUAUUCAGAACGUUUUUUGUGUGUAUUCUGAUGUUCAUGUUUUCGUGAAACUGAAUUGUUGUUGCACAGAUCUCCGCUCCAACUUCUGAGUUUAUUCAAGAUACACAUGUUGCAAAUGUUUUAUUGACAGUCGUUCCGCCUGUUGUACGUGUGUAGUUAUAGUCAAGUCGUAAUAGUUGUAGUUGUUGACGUGCAAGCGAAUCGGUACCAUUGAAUUAUAUUUCAAGAAUGUCGUCAUGGCAGAGUGGGUGACGUGCACGCGGGUACUGGUUUCAUUUCAUUAUGAAUUUUUAUCUAUGAAGUGGGUUCGAAUCCAAUAUUUGGAUCCUUUAUUUCUUUGCACCAUAUCCGUAUUGAUGAGUUGAUGACUGAUUGCGUCCUCCAGACACUGUGGUAGAAGACUGGUAGCUGUAGGGUUCAAGAAGCGUCAGACCCAGCUCUCUCAUUCAUCAUAAUACAUAUUCACAAUAAAGUUGUCACAAUAACAUAAGGCGUUGUUCACAAAGGAUGGGUGACUCCUAUGAACGUGGAUGAACAUCCCAGAUUGAUAAUGUUUCUAGGUUUGUCAGCACCAUAUCUAUGCUUGUGGGUUUCACAAAUGUGGUAGACAUCGGAGAUGCUUAUUUAUAUUAUAUGCAAUAAAAUAAUCACUAAAAACAA